UGAACGUCUCGGUUUCCAUCGGGCAGGAAGAGAAAAGAAGGGGCUGCUCGUUUGGCUACGGACGCCAUUUUCCCUUCCCUCGUCGGCCAUUCUCGAAGCCCUCAUCUCCAUCUUUGAUGCGUUUGAUCAUCUGCAGUUGAGGAGAAGAAACGAGACACAGAGAAGAGGGAAGAGCCAAUGGCUCCCCCUCCCGUUCAGUCUCAUAGAGGCCCUCCACCUCCUCAGCCGUCCGGGAAGGGAGAGGUCGCAGAUCUUAAGCUGCAGCUUCGCCAAUUGGCCGGCAGCCUCGCCCCCGGCGCGGAGUCCUCGAAGCGGGAGCUCUUCAAGAAGGUCAUAUCUUACAUGACCAUCGGUAUCGAUGUCUCCUCCCUCUUCAGCGAGAUGGUGAUGUGCUCCGCGACCUCAGAUAUCGUGCUGAAGAAGAUGUGCUACCUGUACGUGGGGAAUUAUGCCAAGGGCAACCCGGACCUCGCGCUUCUCACCAUCAAUUUCCUACAGAGGGACUGCAAGGACGAAGAUCCGAUGAUUCGGGGGCUUGCGCUGAGGAGUCUUUGCUCGCUUAGAGUGAAGAACCUGGUGGAGUAUUUGAUCGGUCCUUUGGGAGCCGGAUUGAAGGAUAGCAGCAGCUAUGUGAGGACGGUUGCGGCCAUUGGCGUCCUCAAGCUCUAUCAUAUAUCAGCGACGACAUGCAUCGAAUCUGAUUUCCCUGCGAUGCUAAAAAAUCUCAUGCUUCAGGACCCUGAUGCCCAGGUGGUUGCUAAUUGUUUGUCCUCUCUUGAAGAAAUAUUAAGCUUAGAAGGUAACACAUCUGAGGAAGCAUCUAGAGAGAGAGAAUCAUUACUUAGCAAGCCAGUAGUAUAUCACUUGCUAAAUCGAAUUAAGGAGUUUAGUGAAUGGGCACAGUGUUUGGUACUUGACCUGGUAGCAAAUUAUGUACCAUCAGAUAGCAGUGAAAUUUUUGAUAUAAUGAACCUGUUAGAAGAUCGACUUCAGCACGCCAAUGGUGCUGUUGUUUUAGCGACAAUUAAGGUGUUUCUUCAGUUGACUAUGUCCAUGACUGACGUGCAUCAGCAGGUCUAUGAGCGCAUAAAAGCUCCUUUACUUACUUUAGUGAGCUCUGGAAGCCCUGAGCAGUCAUAUGCAGUUUUGAGCCACCUGCAUCUACUGGUGUUGCGUGCACCCAUGCUCUUUUCGUCGGACUAUAAACAUUUCUAUUGCCAGUACAGUCAGCCUUUCUAUGUGAAAAAACUGAAACUGGAAAUGUUGACAGCUGUUGCAAAUGAGAGCAAUACUUAUGAAAUUGUUACGGAACUAUGUGAAUAUGCUGCAAAUGUUGAUGUUGCUAUUGCAAGAGAGUCAAUUCGUGCAGUUGGAAAGAUUGCAUUACAGCAAUAUGAUGUAAAUGCUAUUGUUGACCGUUUACUUCAGUUUCUGGAGAUGGAAAAAGACUAUGUGACUGCCGAAACACUGGUGCUUGUGAAAGAUCUUUUAAGGAAAUACCCUCAAUGGAGUCAUGACUGCAUUGCUGUUGUUGGUAGCAUUAGCAGCAAAAAUGUUCAAGAACCCAAGGCUAAAGCAGCCUUAAUAUGGAUGCUAGGAGAGUAUUCUCAAGACAUGGCUGAUGCUCCUUACAUCCUUGAAAAUUUAGUUGAAAACUGGAGUGAUGAAGAUUCUGCAGAGGUUAAGCUGCACUUGCUUACUGCAAUAUUAAAGUGUUUCUUGAAAAGACCACCUGAAAUGCGGAAAGCAUUAGGAGCUGCAUUAGCUGCUGGUUUAGCGGAUUCUCACCAGGAUGUUCAUGAUAGAGCCUUAUUCUACUACAGGCUUUUGCAUCAUGACGUGUCAGUAGCUGAACGUGUAGUAAAUCCUCCCAAGCAAGCAGUUUCUGUCUUUGCGGACACUCAGAGUAGUGAAAUUAAAGAUCGGAUAUUUGAUGAAUUCAAUAGCUUAUCUGUACUAUACCAGCAGCCUUCAUACCUGUUUACCGAUAAAGAACAUCGUGGGCCAUUUGAGUUCUCAGAAGACCUUGCAACCUUGUCAUUGACAGAUGAUGCAGCAGAUGGCACACUUUCAGGACAAAGAGUUGAAGCAACUGACAAUGACCUUCUGUUAAGUGUGUCAGAAAAAGAAGAGAAUAAAGGUCACACUAACAAUGGACAUUCUGCAUAUAGUGCUCCCGAUUAUAACGGUCCUGCUAUGGGUGCUCUUAUACCCACAGAGACUGCAUUUUCAAGCUCCCCAGCACCACCCAUCAGUUCUAGCUUGCCUAUUGAUGAUCUUCUUGGCUUGGGUUCCGCAGUUGCUCCUUCAGCAUCUUUGAAGCUUAACGCCAAAGCAGUUCUUGAUCCCGGCACAUUCCAAAAGAAGUGGGGUCAGCUACCAAUUGCUUUGUCACUGCAGGAUUUCUCAUUGACCCCACAAGGAGCUGCUACUUUGACAACACCUCAGGUCCUCCUCCGGCACAUGCAGAGCAAUUCCAUAUUGUGCAUAGCUUCUGGUGGUCAGGCUCCAAACUUCAAAUUCUUCUUCUAUGCACAGAAAGCUGAUGAUCUGUUGUCAGCUACUUCUUUCUAUCUUGUUGAGUGCCUUAUAAACACCUCCUCAGCAAAGGCACAGAUAAAAAUCAAGGCUGAUGAUAAAAGUACAACCCAGGCUUUCUCGUCCUUGUUUCAAUCAGCUUUGCUCAAGCUUGGUGCACCAUAGAUAUGAGAUCGUGCAGUUUCACCCUUUUGUUGCCGCUGGAAAACUGUUGCUGGAAGGUGAGCAGUAUGGUUUCCUAUUGGCAGAUUACAAGUAUGUAGUGUCAUUGUGCUGAACCAGGCGGCUGCUAAACUGCAUGAGGUAGCAACAGUCCCAAAUCUGGAUAAGUUUAUGGUUUGCUCGACAAUGGGGAGAGAUGAGAUUGGAGUCUAUUUGCCAUCUCCAUGUCUCGCUGAAUAAACGGCUUGUAACAUAGAAUACUUUGAAUUUCGUUAGGAGAAAAUAUUUUUGCUGAAUACUGUGUAUUGUUUAAAAUGCUGAAGACUACAAAGAAAAUGCUUAUACACGUUUCAAUCCACGGUUGCUACA